CCAACAGUGAGCAAGAUCCAGCAUGGAUACGGAGGAGUUGAUUGAUGCAGUUCGUGCAAGAAGACCAAUUUGGGACGCGUCCUUGAAGUUGCACAGCAACAGAGAUUGUGUGAAAAAACUCUGGGAUGAAAUCUCUGUUGAACUGGGUAUUGAAUGUGGAGCUGCUAAGAAAAAAUGGAAAACCCUUCGUGAGAAUUAUAGGAAAGAAGCUAAGAAAACACGAAUUACUACUGGGCAAGCAGCAGGAAGUGAGUGGAAGAGUAAGUGGGCAUAUUACAAUAACAUGUCGUUCCUUCAAGAGCAGUUCGUCCCUCGUGUUAUUUCUGGAAUCAUUGGCCCAGGUAUUCAACUUUCUGAGUCACAGGUGGAUUCUCCAACGCCUGACGAUAACACAAAUAUUAAGCUAGUGGAAGAACCGGCUGCAGAAGAAAUUACAGGAACAGAGAAGAAUCAGCCAGUUAACCAGGAUAUGAGGUCAGCCUCCUCUUCAAACCAAACUGCUGGUCUUACAGACUCUACUAAAAAACGUUCCGCAUCCCCUGCUUUCAGCACAGACAAACGACCGCAAUGUCCUGGCGCUUUAAAAAAAACACUGUUGCACAAGAUGGUACAGCUUCAGGAAAAAAAGGUCGCUGAGUAUGUACAACGACAGCAGGCUAAUCAAGCAGAAGUACAGGAUGCAGACUACCACUUUCUCAUGAGCCUCCUUCCAUCACUCAGAGCCAUACCAGCUCACAGGAAACUUUACAUCAGACGGAAGAUAGAAGACGUGUUUUUCCAUGAAGAGAAUUUCAAUACUCAAAUGAACUUAUUCCAGCUUGGAAAUACUCAGUGUCCAACAAGUACAGACUCAUAUUCCACAGUGGUAUCAUCACCUGGUCAGCAUUCGGUUAAGAUGGCUACUGAAGGGAUGACCCCAUAUAAUGAUGAUACUCUAAAAUUAGUUCCAGGCUACAGCCACGAGUUCCCAUCGCCUAAUUAAUUAUUGUAUUUCAUGUAUUUUUUUAUCUUAACGGAACAAAAUGAACAAUCGUUGACAGUUUUGAGUGAUUAAUUUUAUUUCUUGGACUG